AUGAGUAGUAGGGAUGACUUCCAGAAGUCAGUAACGCAAAUAAUGACGUCUUUUUUCGGUGAAAACUGUUCGCAAUGGCCAUUUUCAGAAGAAUCAUUAGCCAGGGCUUUAGAAUUCAAAACGCAACAAGAAAAGACCAAGCAACAUUAUUAUAAGCUUGAAAGUAUCAACAGAUCUAUAGAAUUGUUGAAAAUUGCCACAAGGGCCGGUGUUCCAGGUCCCAUGCUUCACAAAUUGUUUCAAGGAACAGAAGCUGACACGCGAUCCGUUCAGAAUGCAACGGACGGUCCAAAACCAGGUAGCUCGUCAAACGUUGGUGAAAUGCCACAGGUUACUGUAUCUGAUGCGGGACACGAAGAGAUGCCGUUGAAUUAUCGAUUUCCGCCUCGUGCAGUUUCCAAUUCUGCCAGAAAUUUGCAUAAGAGAACCAAUAGUCCGGCACGGAUUGGGGCAGCAGCAGUGGCGGUUUUGACUGAGAAUAACCAUUUGAAAGAAGAAGAAAUUUCUGAAACACAAGAAUUGCAAGGGUUGGGCCGACUGGAUCGGUCUCCAGGUCAGUUUCGUGCUCACCGUAGAAAUUAUUCCUUACCUGUAGCCCGACCCGUGGGCCAAUCUCCUUUGGAUUUGCCUUCCCAGUACCAUGGAACCGGCCGCAAAGUACAAGACUCUAUGACUUCGGUACUGAAUUUUGGAUCCUGGCAAAAUUAUAGCAUGGCUUCACAGCCCACUACUGCUGCUGUGAGAAAACCGUCUUUGAGAAGGCAUCGUAAGACUAAAUCGGCUACUUCUACGCCAACUUUCGGUGUGAUAGACCUCAACGUGAUAAACCAUGUCAAAGAAUCAGCUUCAGAUAUGAACAAGCCCGAAAUACCCUCUUUACACAGCAGUCUAGCCGAGAAUAGAAACGAAUCGGAUGAUCAACGUACAUGCAGCGAUCAUAGCAGUAGGGAAGCAACGCCAUUAGCGCAAAUGUCAAAGGGUCCUAAUUUCGCAAACAAUCUAUUGAACAGUUGA